AUGAUCAAAUUUAAUCAUUUCACCCAAUUAUUCAUUUAUGUUGGUGAAAGAGGGAAAAAGAAUGGAAAUACAACCACUUUUAAUGGUGGCGGUAGUUGUUCUCCUUAUGAUCCCUCAAAACGUGAAUCGGAAUAUAUAUUCUGCUAUUCUGGUGGAGGCGCAACAGAUGUUCGAUUAAAAAACAGUACAGAUAUUGAAGGACUAAAGUCAAGAAUUAUUGUCGCAGGUGCAGGAGGUGGUGUUGUCCUUGAUGGAUUUAUUCAACAUAAUAACAACAAUCCUACAAAUGGAACAGGAGGAUGCGGUGGAAAUAUCAAUGGUGGAGAUGGAAGCCAUUCCCUCCAUGGAGAAUAUAACGCUUCUUAUAUUCCUGCUACUGGAGGCAGUCAAAUUAAAGGAGGAAAAGCUGGAGUUUCUGAUUAUGAAAAUUUUGAAAACGGAGAUGAUGGAUUGUUCGGAAAGGGAGGUAAUAGUUCACCAAAGGCUCGUUCAGUCUCUAGAGGUGGUUCUGGCUACUUUGGAGGCGGUGGAGGAUCUGUUUCACAUGAUAGACAUGGCACAGGUGCAGGAGGUUCUUCGUAUGUGUCUGGAUGCAACGAUUGUAAUAGUGUUUCGAAAUACUAUUCAUUCGAAAACAAUAAUUCAUUUAUUGGUCCUGUUCACUACUCAGGACUUUCAUUCACUAGUAUUCAAAUGCUCUCCGGUAAUGAAAAACUCCCGAUAUUUACAUCAUCGAAUAUUAAUCAAUAUGAUAAUUUUGAGCAGGGUCAUUUAGGUCAUAUUGAUUACAAUGAUUGCACGUAUUAA